CAUCCAACCCUUUGCAACUCAACGGUUUAAAAACAUUAUAGUUCUAGUAACGUUAAUAUUACUUUCAAGCUUACCGGGGUGAGCCACCGGUUUGCUCUAAUUAAUCAAACACUAUCGUGGGCAGCUGCAGACUUUUACGUUCUGGAAACCACUGAAAAAGCGGUGAUCUCUGCAGACUCACAACCCAUUUCCAGCGCGCUUUUGCUGUGAUUUGCAAAGGCGCUGGUUCGCUUUCGUCUGCUCGCAUGCUAGCCGUGGGCUUGUCACAGCCUCUGCGUGGAUACGUCGCCUAGCACAGCCCGUCCUUGCUUUCCACGCCGCAACGUCACCUGACUGCAGCGCAGUGAACGCCGCGGAUUCCGCCAGCGCUCUCGCUUCGCAAUUGGGAAAAAACACCAUCCAACGGAGCAACGCGAUUGAAACAGUAGCACGGCUGGAAGGCAAACCAUGUCGAGCUCGGCUGGGCAGAAGAAAGGAGCUGCCAAGUUGCGGAAGUGUUCUUUCUGUAGGACCAGCAAGGACAAGGAGUGUGGACAGCUGCUCGUGUCCGACAACCAGAAGGUGGCAGCGCACCACAAGUGUCUGCUCUUCUCGUCUGCCCUGGUGACGUCGCACUCAGACAGCGAGAACAUCGGAGGCUUCUCCAUCGAGGACGUCAAGAAGGAGCUAAAGAGAGGGAACAAGCUGAUGUGCUCAUCUUGCCACCGGCCAGGAGCCACCAUCGGCUGUGAGGUCAAGACAUGCCGCAGGACCUACCACUAUUACUGUGCGCUGUGGGACAAGGCUCAGGUCAAAGAGAAGCCGUCGCAGGGCGUCUACCUAGUUUAUUGCCGUAAGCAUCGAGGUGCUACACAGGACUCCAGUGAUGACGAGCUGGAGGGGGGCGUGAACGAUUCAGACUCCUCCCCGCCGCGGGGGAGGGGCAGAGGGCGGCUCGAGAAGGGGCGACCCAAAGCACCCAGCUCCCGCGGGCAGUCUGAGGACACGCGCUCCACCUCCUCGCAUGGCAACGACGACAUUGAGAGCGCUUCACAUCGGGACCGCUCCCCUCUAAGAGGCAGCCCCAGUGAUGCUGGCCUCCGCUGUGGGUUCUGCCACGCGGGGGAAGAAGAGAACGAGACCCGAGGCAUGCUGCAUGCCUCCAGCGCCAAGAAGGUGGCAGCACAUUACAAGUGCAUGCUGUUUGCCUCCGGCACUGUGCAGCUCACCACCACCUCCAGGGCUGAGUUUGGAAACUUUGAGAUCAAAACGGUCAUCCAGGAGAUCAAGCGGGGCAAGAGAAUGAAAUGCACCCUAUGCAGUCAGCCAGGAGCCGCCAUUGGCUGUGAAAUCAAAGCCUGUGUGAAGACCUAUCACUAUCACUGCGGCCUGCAGGACAAAGCCAAGUACAUCGAGAACAUGGCCAGAGGCAUCUACAAGCUGUACUGUAAGAACCACAGUGGUAAUGAAGAGCGGGAUGAGGAAGACGAGGAGAGGGAGAGCCGCAGUCGAGAGAGGGCUGGCAUCGACCGUGACGGCGCCAAUCCAGCGCAGCAGCAGCUCAACGGCAACUAGGUGGAGUAAGAAUGGUGAGCUGAAAGAUGAAGUGUACGUAUUUUUCAAUAUGUUCAUACCCGACGCUGCUUACCCUGCCUACACACACUCUCUCUCGCACACACCUGCUUAUGUCCUGUCAGGUUAGGGGGUUACAUUUCACAAGGAAGUCAAAGCGCUCGGCACAGGCAGCAGGAAGAUUAAACAGAGGAAGACUGACUGCUCUGUGGUGGCAUCGUGCUUUGGGGAGAUCCGGCACUGGCUGGGAUCCAGAUUGGGGUCGGAAGCUGGACUGAUUUUCACUCAUGAUCAACCCAGAUGUCCUUUUUUCAAGUCUUAAUAAAACAAAGUGAAACGCAAAGUUGAAGAAAGAUGCACCCUUUGGUUGACUCUCUUCAGAAACGGAAGCAGCAAUUUAAUGAACUGAAAACUCUUUGUUACGUCCUCUCUCUUUCUCUCUAAGUGACGGGGAUCUUUGGUUUGUUUUUUCUUUUUCAAAAACAUGUAUAAUAUUUUAUUACCUUGUAAUUGUAAAGAUCUGUGGCUUGCUUUGUAUUCAGGAGGUCAGGAUUAAAAGCCUUGUGUUAGCAUGA